AUAUUGCAGUCUACACGUAUCUCUUAUGUGUGACUGCCAUCAUAUUACAGUCACACUUAUUACACCAUGUACCAAAUAAAAUAGCUUCGAGGUCGGUAAGCACAACCAAAAUUAAUUUGUACAUUAGGCGCACUGUCGAUUAUUGAGGGAGAAAAAAGGAUUUCAAGUGCGCCUUAUAGUCUGGUAACUAUGGUAACUGAUGGACCAAUGGGUGACGUUGGUCAAGUACUUCCUGUGUUGUCAAUGAAUGUCUUCAUGAGGGAUCACAAAAUGAAUUAGUAGUACUUAGUAGUUCCUAAAUAGCGCGGAACACUCUUUGGACUAUCGAUGUCGCUCUGCCCCUGACCCUCCAACUCCGCCCGAGUCCAGCUGUUACGUCAGCCUUCCAGUUUCCCAAGCCCCCCGGAAUGCCCUGACUCGGGACCCCCGUCUAGUCCUGCACUCCCCCUGCUCUUCUUGGCAGCCAAAGACCCAGGGGAGGAUCAGGACAAGCGGACAGCCCAGAUAAGUACCACAUGAAGGUUCCCACAUUACCUCACUCCAAGACGUGGCUGCCUGCAGACCUUCCAGGUUCUGGUUCUGGUGGAGGGUCCCCACAGAGACCCGCGUGGACGACUUCAUUGGGGGAAGAUGCACUCGGCGGCGGCAUUUUGAACGUCCCGCAAGAGUCCGGCCUCGUCGGCGUUGACAAAAAGUGAGGUGAGGACGGGUCCGUAUCUUCUCUCCUCUGACCACACAUGGCAGGAAGUCAUCUGGAGAGCAUCACGGCGGUCGCCGCCAGCCACCAGCCGGCGGAGCCUCCCAUCCAGAGACCCCCAGCAAGCGGCGGUCCUCGGUGCCCGCACAGACGCAGGCAGAGUGUUCGCGCCAGUCGGGAUUGGGUGCCGUCAGUCUAUGGGCCCAGACCUAACUCCAACUGUGUGUGUGAGGUCCCAGUGAGCACAGCAGGCGCUCACAACUCCCCAGAAAAUGCGGCACGAGAGAGAAGUCGUGUACGCAACCUCCGCCAGGCCUUCCACAGCCUGCAGUGUGUCUUUGUCCAGGCGGCUCUUCCAUCAGUCCCACGUGACACAAAGCUGUCCAAGCUGGAUGUUCUGGUUUUGGCGACCAACUACAUAGCCUACCUGACACAGACCCUGGACCAGGGAAGAAGUCUCUCCGAGCACACCUUGCCAUCAAGACCGGGUGGAUACCUCCACCCUGUGAAGAAGUGGCCCAUGCGUUCCCUGCUCUACUGUGGCCAAGUGCUCUCAGGAGGGCCGGCCAAUCAGAGGCCUCCGUCUGGACAGGACGCAGCACACUUCCUUGGUCAGGCCUUGGAAGGAGACAAGGACUGUUAGGUAACUUUGGGAACCAAUCUUGUUGUUAUGUCAGAUUUCCAAUGGGUUGCAGAGGUUACACCAUAAAUAGUCCUUCCAAUGAACACAGACGAAAGGCAUAAAAAGAGCACCAAGGAAAAUAGACAAACUAGAACAAAAAGGAACAACAGCGUCUAACGGACGGUUUAAGUCAGGGGUGUUUAAACAAAGUGAACUUGAAUUGACUUUAAGCAUCUUUUAUGUAUUUGUGGCCUAGAGUAGCCUCUUUUUCCGGGCUACAUACACAUUUGUCACCAAAUCUUACAUAUAUUAGCCACAUCGGACUAUAAGCCGCAGAUAUACACCGGUACAAAAUCAUUUGUGUCCAAACACUGCCUGUAACAGGGCAGUAAAACGGCUGGUGAAACAAAACAGAAGUCAUGGACCCACUAGCUGCGGAAGUUAGCUCUCCAAUCAGCUAAACGGACUCGAUAACUCAGCGCCGUCACAAUGUAAACUAACGCCAUGGGUGGAUCUACACCUGACAUCCACUGUAAUGAUACCAAGUACAGGAGUGUAUCUAGUCGAUACUACUAUGGGUUAGGGUUGUCUAGUAUGUUGACUAUUUUAUUGAAGGACUAAAUGACAAUAAUAAACAUAUGUUUCAUGUACACUAACAUUUGUUGUUACAAUAAAGACAAUA